UCUUCCAUUCCAUCUCCUGUUUAAAAUCACAAUCAGAAUGCAGGGACGACCAACCCAACCCCCUAGAAAGUACGGAUAAAGAAACGUAGAAUUAAAAAAGGAUAAUAAAAAUAAAAAUAAAAAUAGUGCAACUUGCCAUUUAUUACAAAUUUUUAAACCGAAGAAAACGAUGAGAUGGGAAAAAACUCUCGACCUUUCGCUAUUGGGGGAGCUGCUGCCAUUGGUCAGAGUCGUGGCGGUGUUUUUUGUUCUCUUCCGUUAACACCUCUGAUUCCGCCGUUAUUGCCUUUCUUCCAUCUAUCAGUUAUCUUUUGUUUUUGCCCAAGUUAACUGAAUGGUGGCCGGUGAUUAUAUAACCGUCCUCAACACCAACAACAAUAUAUUUAGCAAAAUGGAAGACGAUUACAUAAGGCGACACCACAAACACGACGUUAAAGAUCACCAGUGUAGCUCUUCUCUAGUUAAACACAUCAAAGCCCCUGUUCAUCUCGUGUGGUCUUUGGUGAGGAGAUUCGAUCAACCUCAAAGGUAUAAACCGUUUGUGAGCAGGUGCAUUGCGCAAGGUGACCUUCAGAUUGGAAGUCUUAGAGAAGUUAACGUUAAAUCAGGACUUCCUGCUACUACUAGCACUGAACGAUUGGAGCUUUUAGAUGAUGAGGAACAUAUAUUUAGGAUGACUAUUGUUGGUGGUGAUCAUCGUCUCAAGAACUACUCAUCCAUCAUUACUGUCCAUCCAGAAGUCAUUGAUGGGAGACCUGGGACGAUGGCCAUUGAGUCAUUUGUGGUUGAUGUGCCAGAUGGGAACACCAAGGAUGAAACAUGUUACUUCGUUGAGGCGCUAAUCAAAUGCAAUCUAACAUCGCUGGCUAAUGUGUCUGAGCAUUUGGCUGUGCACGAUCGGACCGAGCCCAUCGACAGAAUCUAAAGCAUGUGGGAAUGGUCUUCAGUGCAGUAGCUCGGUUUAUAGAUGUGGACAAUGUUAGGUUCCUGUUUCAGAAACUGAUUGAGAGUUUGGCAUCCCAGAGGCAAAGUCAUCUUUUCUUUUCUUUAUACUUUAUGCUCAUUCUCUUUUCAGUAUUUGAAUAUCUUGUCUAUAGUAGGUGACAAUCAGGUUCAUCCACGGCCAUAUGUCUCUAAAUGAAACAAUUAAUUAGCUUUUCUUUUCCUUUUUGGUUUUUCUAAGCUUUAAUAAUGUGGUAUGUAUUGACCUCUGAUUGUAAAUAUGUAUGCUAUGAGGAAAUUUGGUUCAAUUGGUUA